GGGCAUCCAGUGAACCCUGGGCAAGGGCCCUGAGUAGUAACAACGGGGACGGGAGGCCUAGACCCACGCUGCUCUGUCCUGAGAGUUGCAAACUCAAGGGAAGAAGGAAGGAGCUGCUGUCCAGGCAUGCCCACCAUGUGGCCCCUCUGGUUCCUCACGUCCCUACUGACCUUGAGCCAGGCCCUGCCCUUUGAGCAGAAGGGCUUCUGGGACUUCACCCUGGAUGAUGGACUGCCCAUGCUGAAUGAUGAGGAGGCUUCGGGUGCCGACACAACCUCAGGCGUCCCGGACCUGGACUCCCUCACACCCACCUUCAGCGCCAUGUGUCCCUUCGGCUGCCACUGCCACCUUCGGGUUGUUCAGUGCUCUGACCUGGGUCUGAAGACUGUGCCCAAAGAGAUCUCACCUGACACCACACUGCUGGACCUGCAGAACAACGACAUCACUGAGCUCCGGAAGGAUGACUUCAAAGGCCUCCAGCACCUCUACGCUCUCGUCCUGGUGAACAACAAGAUCUCUAAGAUACAUGAGAAGGCCUUCAGCCCCCUGUGGAAGCUGCAGAAGCUCUACAUCUCCAAGAACCACCUGGUGGAGAUUCCUCCCAACCUGCCUAGCUCCCUGGUGGAGCUCCGCAUUCAUGAUAACCGCAUCCGCAAGGUGCCCAAGGGUGUGUUCAGUGGGCUGCGCAACAUGAACUGCAUUGAGAUGGGCGGGAAUCCCCUGGAAAACAGUGGCUUUGAACCUGGAGCCUUCGAUGGCCUGAAGCUCAACUACCUGCGCAUCUCCGAAGCCAAGCUGACCGGCAUCCCUAAAGACCUCCCUGAGACCCUGAAUGAACUCCAUCUGGACCACAACAAAAUCCAGGCUAUUGAGCUGGAGGAUCUGCUCCGCUAUUCCAAACUAUACAGGCUGGGCCUGGGCCACAACCAGAUUCGCAUGAUAGAGAACGGAAGCCUGAGUUUUCUGCCCACCCUGAGGGAGCUGCACUUGGACAAUAACAAGCUGUCCAAGGUGCCUGCUGGCCUUCCAGAUCUCAAGCUACUCCAGGUGGUCUACCUGCACACCAACAACAUCACCAAGGUGGGUGUCAACGACUUCUGCCCCAUGGGCUUCGGAGUCAAGCGGGCCUACUACAAUGGCAUCAGCCUCUUCAACAACCCUGUGCCUUACUGGGAGGUGCAGCCAGCCACCUUCCGCUGUGUCACCGACCGCCUGGCCAUCCAGUUUGGCAACUACAAAAAGUAGAGGCAGCAACAGGCUUGUGGUGGCCUGGGCUGGGUCUCUGAGGAGCACAGCGAAUGUCCUGAAGGGGGUGGCAGAGCAAGGGAGGGAAGCCAGUGCCCAGCUACACCCAACCCAGCCCCACCCCUGAUCCCCAGGCCCCACUUGCUGCCCCUGACACCUUCACCCUGGUUCCCAAGCGUGUAGGUGGGGCAGGAGGCCCAGACCCCAUCAAGUGUCCCCUUGGCUUCAGAGCUGACCCUCCCCCCAUCACAGCCAUUCAGAGGCGCCCCCACUAAAUUGUCUUCUGUUUCACCCUGAAACCAAAUUGGCCGAAGCUGCAGUCCAGGAAAACCAGUCCCUGGAUCUGGGGAGCAGGAGGGGAUGAGCAGGGAUGAAGACAGCAGACCCCUUCGAGCCCACUACAUCUGCCUGGUGCACAUUCUUCCUUCACGUGAACUUGCAGCUUCUAGCCCUCAUUGGCCUGGUCUGCUACCCUUGGCCUCAAAUGGUUUCCCACCUUUAUGCAAGUUCAUGGCCCAUCCAUCCAAGUCUCCUUACUCUACAGGCUCCUAGACCAGUCCUCUCCCUCUCUCUCUGUCUCUCUUGUUCUCCUUCUCCUCUCUUAUAUCCUUGAGGUGGAUCUAGUCUCUGUCACAAUAGGCCUCGGACCAGCCCCUACCCAAGCCGCCGGGUGGGGUGCAGCUGCCCCUCACACCCACCUGCCCUGCCCAGGCCCCUCCCCCAAGCCUGGAUGGUCCUGGAGGAGGCAGGUGGAGGUCUGCACCCCACCCAUGCUCUAGUCAAGAGGGAAAGCACUGGGCUCAGUCAGACUCUGGAAGUCAGCCCCUGAGAGGGGCCCAGCAUCCCACUGGAGUCCCAAGCACGCUUUUCAUUACCCUCCUUCCCCCAUGAUGGCUUGGUCUCCCCUACCCUCCUGCCUCGCUUCCAGCCCUUGGUGUGGGGUUUCGAGCAAUCACACCCAGCUUGAGGAGGGGCUGCUUCUGAGAUCAGUUGUUGUUUUUCAA